GCUGAGGGAGGGAGGGAGAAGCACGGAGGCGGAGGAGGAAGAGGAGGAGGAGGAAGGAGAACGGGAAGGAGAAGAGGGCGGUGGGUGCUGUCGCGCCUCCCUCCCUUUUGGCCUCUUCCCUGCUCCGGCAGGUACCAGGUGGGGCCGGGAGAGGGGCGGAAGGCGGCCAUGGGCGCGGCGCUUACAGACAGAGAACACAAGGAAAAAGAAGAACAGAAAGAAGAUAACAGCAGCACCGAAUGCAGCGAACAAGGAGUCAUGGAUCUGAAAUUCACUUCAUCAAGAAAAUACAUUUCCAUCAGUGUACCUUCCAAAUCUCAAACUAUGUCACCUCAUAUCAAAUCAGUAGAUGAUGUUGUAGUUCUUGGUGUCAAUCUUAGCAAAUUUAACAAACCUACUCAGUUUUUCAUCUGUGUUUCUGGAGUUUUUAUGUUUUAUCUAAUCUAUGGAUAUUUACAGGAAUUGAUAUUUUCCGUGGAAGGUUUUAAACCUUUUGGUUGGUACCUCACUUUAGUGCAAUUUGGAUUUUAUUCCAUUUUUGGACUAAUAGAAUUGCAGUUGGUUCAGGACAAAAGGAGAAGAAUUCCUGGCAAAACCUACAUGAUGAUAGCAUUUUUAACAGUGGGAACAAUGGGUUUGUCAAAUACCUCUUUAGGAUAUCUGAAUUAUCCUACUCAAGUCAUCUUCAAGUGCUGUAAACUGAUUCCAGUUAUGGUAGGCGGGGUUUUUAUACAAGGAAAACGUUAUAACAUUGCAGAUGUGUCUGCUGCCCUGUGUAUGAGUCUUGGAUUAAUAUGGUUUACUUUAGCUGACAGCACAGUUGCACCAAACUUCAAUUUGACAGGUGUGAUCCUAAUAUCCCUUGCCCUCUGCGCAGAUGCAGUUAUAGGAAAUGUACAGGAAAAAGCUAUGAAGUUGCACAAUGGUUCUAAUUCCGAAAUGGUUUUAUAUUCCUAUUCAAUAGGUUUUCUGUAUAUUUUAUUCGGAUUAACAUGCACUAGUGGAUUAAGCCCUGCAGUAACGUUUUGCUCAAAGCAUCCAGUUCAGACUUACGGUUAUGCAUUCCUUUUCUCCCUGACUGGGUAUUUUGGCAUAUCCUUUGUUCUAGCUUUGAUUAAAAUCUUUGGUGCCCUUCUGGCUGUAACAGGUUACCUUUUCUUUAAAAUCAGUCACAAGGGACUGGGGUGGGGAGGUGUAGCAAGAUGCCAUGGAACUACUUUCCUCUCUUCCCUCUUCCCCCAACAGCUGGUUUCUGCCAGUAACAACAGGAAGAAAAGCAAUGACCAUUGUGCUCUCUUUUCUGUUCUUUGCAAAACCAUUCACAUUCCAGUAUGUGUGGUCAGGCUUGCUGGUUGUUCUUGGUAUAUUUCUUAAUGUUUACAGUAAGAAUAUGGAUAAAAUCAAACUGCCUUCGCUGCAUGGUGUUUGGAAAAAAAGUGUGGAAGAAAGAAAAACAAGGACGUUGUCGCAAACUGUAUAGACAAUGGUUUAUGGUCUAGACUAUGACGACUAUGACUUAACGUUUUAUUGGAACAGUCUUCAACUGAUUCACUUUCCAAAGGGAACAUUAUUAAAACCAAAGGAGCUGAAGGCAUAUUGUCUGCUUGCAGAUGGCUAGAAAUGCACAUUUUUGUGAGCCCUUUCUUCAGAGCACUUGAAUUCAUCAUAAAAGGUGUUAGAGGCCAUUGUCAGAUGGCUUUAUCAGUCAAUGAAGGACAGCAGCUCCUGGCAAACUGCUGAGAAGCUGCACCCCAAAUGUGACACACUAGAAGACUUACUUGGGCAUUUUAAUAAUAUUGGUCGUGGCUGGUUUGAGAUUUGUGGUUCUCUGUCUUUGUUAAUUGUCUAGGUGAGGUAAUUUAAAUGUAAUACUGUAUUCACGUUUAAUGGAACCUAAUCAGCAACUGGUUGACCAAAUUGCAGUUUUAAAGAUGGAAGAUUUAGAAUAUGAUAUGCUGUCACUUUUUCAUUUUAAAUAAAAAUAUUGUGUUUUUUUAAGUUAUUGAUCAGAUCAUCACGGAACUUGGUAUUUCUUGUCAUAAUUGAAAUUUUUAUGGAAAUCUUAAGCUUUUGUUCUUUUUGGUUAUUGCUUGCAAGUAAGAAAAUGCAUUUGAACACUCAACGAGGGCAGAAUGGGUUUUUAGGCCCCAAGCGGCUGAGAACACAAUGAAAAGUCAUGACUGAAGCAGUGGCGUACCAAGCUGUGAUUUGCUUAUUCUGUGGUGAAGUACUAAAUUUUUAGUGGCCUAUGGACUUCCAUGUCAUAGUGAUGUAGAGAGAAAUGAAAGGUGGUCCUCUGAAUUAAUAUCUUCAAAUCAAAAUUGUUUAUUUUCAGUAUUGGACUAAAGAAUAACAGCACCUGCUACUGUAUUUGGGAUAUUUAUUGUGUCGGUCUCUGUGUGGUCCUUUGAAUUUAAAAUGAUUAUGGUACAAAUUACAAUUUUCUUUAUUUAAUGACAGGGAUAAAGUGUACUACCAGUCUUUCUUUUUCAUUGUAAAUUUAAAAGAUUGCUGGAAUUUAGUAAGAUCUGUUCUCUUACUUUCGUAUUCAAUUCAUUAUUGAAUCAUUUGCCUUCUCUUUCAUUUUAUGUAUUUAACAAUAGCACUUUAAAAAUACUUAUUGCUUUACAGUUCAUUAUUCACACAGUUACGGUGUUUUUUGUUGUUGGGUCCGUUAGAUGCAUCUUAUUUUGUGUUCUUUCAUACAGAAUGGAUGAUUGAUUCAAAUUAAAGAAAUGUAAAUUUGACAAUAGAACUGCGUGUAAUCAGGAAGAAUGUACAAAAAUUGAAAAAUCACAGGAUGUAUUGCCUUCUGCUAAAAAUACUAAUUUAUGAAAGUAAUCCAGUGUCUGGCAAACAUUGUGCACGUUUUAGGAUGAAUUGCUCUACCAAGGAGCUUGUAAUCAAAGCACAGACAAAAGUGUGCCUUAAAUUUUGCUUAAUAAUUUGGUGGCUAGCAUAUGACAUAUUAGGUGUGUUAUAAAAUAGGGCAGGGAAUAACGUAGCUAUGUUGGCACAAGUGCAGAGCUGCACUGACAACUGUGCUGUUCCUAGUGCUCAAGCUACUCCUGAUGUGUCAGCAAAGCCUUUCAACAUGUGACUUGCCAACAAUAAUAGGUGUGUAUAUGAGACUUCAUUGUGAGUGUAAUAGCUUUCAUUUUUGAAUUCCUAGCUGCUGUAUGAUGUAUUGUCAUGGGUUAGGUAUGGAGGUAUGAACUAGACAAACAGAUGAACCUUGAAAUAAAGAAAUAGAAAGAUGGCCUGCUAUGGUUAUCACUGAUAUUUUCAUGUUGCAGCCAAAGUUGUAUGGUAAGAUAUAAUAAAGGGUUAAAAUUUAG